GUUUACAAUUGGACUGGUUUGUUUACAAUUCGGCUGAUUGCAACGGGAUUGCUAUCGAGCAAUAGUACGAUGUUUUAGGUUGAAUUGUGUAAAUCAAACUUUAAUUAUGUACUUUCUACUGAACCUGUGUCGAAAGAAGAGAAGAGCAUCUGCUAUAAAUAUUCGUUUGUUAUCGGAAUAAGACCCAACAUGUACGAGUUGAACAAUCGUUGUGUUGGAAAACGAUCACAUGGCAUCAACUUAAGUUUGCUGUAAAAUCAUGUGUGUAUCAGCAAUACGGUUUUUGUCAUUUCAGGCCCCUUUGCUGAAUGAUGCCGAGAUGUUCGAUCAAGAAGAUAUUAAUCGGGAAAAUAAAGUUUCAAAUCAGCUUUUGCAUCCAUAUGUGACUCUGUUCCAUGUUUUAUUCCGAAUGGCUGCUAUUAUUUCAUAUUUAUUAUGUGGUUGGUUUAGCGAUAGUUUUAUUUUUAGCUUUGUAUUUGUUGUGUUGAUGCUAUCGGCCGAUUUUUGGACAGUGAAAAACAUAACUGGUCGCCUACUCGUUGGGCUGCGUUGGUGGAACUAUGUAGAUGACAAAGGUGUAUCAAAUUGGAUUUUUGAGACAAAGUGUCAAAACUCAUUCAACUUUAAUUAUGCUGAUAAACAAAUUUUCUGGAUUACGCUCAUAGCUUGUCCAAUUGUAUGGAUGGGUUUCUUCGUCAUUGCAUUGUUUGGUUUGAAAUUCAAAUGGAUGAUUCAGGACAACGAUGAGAUAGAAAAUAUCGCAACACGGAUCAUGAUAACGCAGUUGUGGCGAUAAACAAACGAGAAACAUCUAAACAAAGUAAUGGAGCUUGUGUUUCAAACAUUGGAGAAACCUUCAGAAAAUACUGAAUACGGAUGCUAUGGUAUGUGGAAUUAAUAAAAUGAUCAUUUUGUUCAAUAAAGUAAAUCUUUUUUUUUUAUAAAUUCAAAUUCUCUUAAUUCAUCAAAAGUUUCUACUUUUAACAUGUUUUAAUCAGAUUGAAUUAAUUUACUUAAAACGCGAAGGUGGAUUAAGUAAGAUGAAUAAGUAAGAAAAAAAAGGAACUCACUAGUGUUGGAUAAAGUAGCACAAUUCAGUGUGCUGUGCGCACACGCACUUUGUCCUAAGUGUGCUGUGCGCACUGUGCACACAGUGCGCACUUUGAACCACUGCGGAAGUGCUAGCACAGUGCUAGCACUUACGCACAGUGCGCUCUUUGAGCACAGUGCG